ACCAGAAAAAAUUCCUCUCCCUUCGCCGAUCCGGCCGUCUCCGCUCCAUGGCAUCCUCCUCCUCUUCCUCCUCCACCGGCGCCGCCGUCGCAUCCGUGCCCGGUACAACUUCCGGCGGAAGCAUAUUCCCAGGGCCACCACCGCCAACGCCGUCGAACCACAAGCCACUCCCCUCCACCGCCGCGGGGGGCACCGAGGCCGCGCUCUCUGCUUUCCUCAACCGCAUGCUCCUCUCCACACCGGCUCCAACUCUACGCUCGCGGCCCUCCUCUCGCCUGAAAACCAGGACGUCGGCUCCUCCGAUUCUUUCGCUAGACUCCCCUGACUUGGCCCCCCUCUGCGCCGCCGCCGACGUGGGCUACUUCCACCUCGCCGGCCAUGGCAUCCCUUCCCAGCUAGCAUCCUCUGCCCUCGCCGAGCUAUCUCUACUCGACGCGUCAGCGCUGCGCGCGUCUAGCCUCUGCACGCUCGGGUUCUCGGAGGAGGAUCAGGAAGAAGCGGACGGAGGCGAUGACAACCCCGCGAUGGUGUUCGACGUCGACGAGCGCGGGAUGGACGCGCUCCCGGCGGCGGCGGAGUACGCGCGGCGGAUGAGGGACGUGGGCAUGCAGGUGAUGGCGCUUAUGUCCAGGUGUCCUGAGGUGGGUUUCGCGGAGGAGCCGUUCGCGGAGGGAAAGAGGAAGGCAAGGUGCAUGGUGUGGGUCUCCAAGGCCGGCACUGGCGAAUCGGCGGCGGCGCCUCCGGCCGCCGGCAAGGCGAAGGCGUACCCUUACGUCCUGGGACUUCAUUCCCAGUGGGAGCAGGAGGUGGCUCCGUCGAGUUGGGUGAUGGACGACAGUGGUGAUUGGGCGGCCGUAGGGUCUUCCGACGCCGCGCUCCUGGUCACCAUCGGCGACAUUGCGCAGGUGUGGAGCAAUGGCAAGUUGAAGAAAGUGAGAGGGAUGGCUCGCCCCACCUCCGCCCCAAGCAGUGACGGGCACGCCGGCGAGCCAGGUCGCCUGUCCAUCACCGUGCUGAUCACGCUGCCGUUGGACAGUGUCAUCUCGCCGCUGGUGCCGCCGUCCGAUGCCGGUGAAGAGGGCUUGGAUGAGGAGGAGGAGAAGGUGGCGGACGGUGCAGACGAUGAUGGCGAUGAAUGGAAGUUUCGCUCGUUUUCGCUGGAGGACUAUGCAUGGAGGGUUUACCAUGAGCGGCUUCAGUUCAAAGAUCCGCUUGCCCGGUACCGGAUUUGAUUAGUUUGUUCACGAUUGCUCUGUAGCUUUGUUUGUUGGUGCAUGCGCA